CGCCCACGCCACAAUUUCCUCUCAGCUGUUACUGUAAGUCGCUUUCUCUUUCCUCGUGAGUGUUAUCCAUUCACAAAUAUUCUGGCUUUAACGCAGUUGCGGGGUCCAGUUGUACGUGUGCACUCGUGUCGCCUGUCAACUUCAAACUACUUGUUGCGCAGCUACUAUUUUGAGCCUGCCUCUGUGGUCCAUUACCGCGAGCCACGGGGCCAACUACACUUCAUCUUCCACUCAAAGAAUUUCUAAGAACUUGGAUAAGGAAACCCCGUAUUUCUAACUACAGUUGUAUCGCGGAACUAAUGGGGUGGGCAGGUAAAGCCGCAUUCGUACGCAACGCAGUGAACAGGAUUUGGCCCUCAGUGGACCGUUUAAUGCGCAGUCGAGUUUCUUUAAUAUGAUUACAGACACGAGGGGGGAAAGUCAUGAGCUGGAUGCGCCCUGGGCACGGGCUGGACUUGAGCCAUAGUCUCUUCUACCUGAGUUUACUGUUGUGGGUCAGACGCAUCAACGGACUGGCAGACUUCUCCAACUACCUGUCUAGGAUCAUUACCAGUCACUCCACUCAUGCCUGUGAUGGUCAGCCCCUGCGUCUCUACUGCCCCAGACACUCCACCAUCUCCAUCCAGUCAGCCUUCUAUGGCAGCGGAGAGGCACAGCUGUGCCAAAAACCAGACUCCUCACACCCGCACCGAAACCACAGCUGCUCUGCUUUUACUGCUCUACAGAAACUUCUAAGUGAGUGUCAAAGCCAUAGACAUUGCCAGCUUUCUGUGAACCAUCUGCUAUUUGGGAAAGACCCAUGUCCAGGCACCACCAAAUACCUCCAUGUAGACUACAAGUGCAAACCAACUGAGCACAAACAACAUGUGGCAUGUGAUGGAGAGAGUCUGGUCCUGCGUUGUAAGUCCCCAAAGGUGCUCAACAUCUACGCAGCUGUUUAUGGGAGAGGUUUGGGUCAGAGCCUCACCUGCCCCUCAAACAAGACCUUACCACAUUCGUUUGAGUGUCUCAACCAUGAAGUGGUACAUUUUGUUUCCAAGUCAUGCUACAACAAACAAAAGUGUGCUGUUGUCGUCAGUAACCAGACCUUUAGAGACCCUUGCUUCCCAGGAACCAGGAAGUACCUCAGCGUGCUCUAUUCUUGUGUACCCCAGAAUUUACUGAGAGAGGCAGACCCCAGCAUAUUUAAAUCCACCUCUCCUCCCCCUGUGGACAGAAAAGAAGACAAGCCUGAUGUUUUCCCAAAGGACUCCAGAAGGCCAGAGGCUUCAGGGGCAGUGAUGAGUGACUCACUGUCAGCCUAUGCCUAUAUUAAAGAGCACUCAGAGAUGGCAGCUCUGCUCUUCACCUCCAGUGUUUGUGUGGGCCUGCUCCUCACACUGCUGGCCCUGUCAAUACGAGUAACAUGCUGGUGUCACCGGACCAGAGAUCACAGACCAAAACGUGAAAGACCAGUCAAGAAACGGGAGGAAGAGGAAGUUAGUGAUGAUGAAGAUGAAACGGGGAGCUCUUUAGUCUCGGAGGGGGAGAGGAAGACUGUUGUUGGGUGGGAGGAGGUGGCAUUUGUGAGUGAAGCAGCAGAGCGAGCAGAGAGAAUAGAACGCAGAGACAUGAUCAUUCAGGAGAUCUGGAUGAACGCUUAUCUGAACGGUGGCUCGUGUGAAGCCCUCUGAACCAAGACACCAAUGAUUCAAGAACUGUUUUGUAACUUUUUGUAUCCUUCUACAUUUUUAAGUAUAUUUAAAAUUUUAUAAUAUAUUUUUGACACUGAGGCAUCCAUCAGAAGUUGGGGCCUUUUUUGUACUGUUUUUCUAAAAUGUUUCUUUUUAUCCCAGUAACCUAAGACAAAUUCAGAUUUUGGUAUUUGUUUAUAAGAGGUAAAACAAGAUAAUAUUGUACAAUAUCAUAUUGUAGAACAUGUGUUAGUUUUAAAAGAAAUUAGGUGUAUUCAGUGUUAUAUUUAUUCACCACAGAGUUAAGCUACAAGUCAAAAACACUGUAUAAAGGGCUGUUACAACUUACAAUACUUGUAGGGCUACAUGAAUUUGAAAAAAAAAAAGCUGAUAAGAUGUGUUAUUUGCUAUUUGCUGAUAAGCAUUGUGACGGAGCGCUCCAUCACAAGCAUAUUUACAUACUAAUAAGUAAACAUGUCCAGAAGCAAGGGCUGAAAUAUGAACUGCUUAAAUAAUACAACAGAAUAACAACAAAACCAUGUGCAAUAGGGUUUCCCCAGGGGCCAAGACUCCCUGGACUGCAGGACUAUCUUGGUUAAAUAGACUAAAUAAGGUUACAUUCAUUACAGAAAAUAUUUGUAAAGGUCUAAAGAAGAGGGUAUAACUUAAAUAAUUGUUUUCUUUCCAAUUGUGAUUCGAUUGUGUUCUUGAGCCUUGUGUUCUUGAUUAUUAUUCUUGCCGUGUUGAUGGCAUCUGUGUCCAUGUAGAAACUGAGUCUGGAGAGCCAGUUACUAAGCAGUGUCAAUCUAUUUGCAGUAUAUUAUAUUUGAUGCAAUAAAGGUUAAACUUUAAAUAAAACAACUUGCCAAAGA